UUUUUGAAAUAGCUGCAAGGGUAUAUAAACUUCGGCUUGCCGAAGUUUGCUUCCUUUCUUGUAUUGUUGUGAUCUGAUUGCAAUUUGGGUUGCAUUCCUAUGAACGGCUUCCCGGCUUCUGAGCUAUUAUUCUUCCCACCCACUUGAUCCAUCUGUGUUACUCAUUGAGAGAAAUUUCGCAUAAGUGUGCGAAUUGCCGAUAGAUCCAACUACACAGUCUCACAAAUUCACUCGCUCUUUUCUUCCAAUUGGAAGUUUUGUGUACGUGAACGGGAGGGACAAGCGAUCUGUUGUAGUGUGUGUGUUUUACAAGCAUUCACAAAUACCACCAAACUGUUCACCGCUCUCUUGCGCUCACUAUCUAACUAUUGGUGUGCUUAUACUUUUGCUUGUGUCAGUGUUUCACCAGUGAACACAAACACCAUUAAAUGUUGCAAUGCUCUUCGGAGAGUGAUCAGCUGUUGGAUCAGCUGUUUGGGGACUGGUCUCCUGAAAAGGACCGUUUAACUUGGCUUAUUUAAAUAGGCUAAGGGAAUAAAGGAAAAAUCAAGUAUAGUAAGACUGUACUUUUUAGGAGGCAACCUUCUAGAAUUUCAUCACCAAAUUCAGAGUUUCACAAGCCCACAUAUGUACGUAGAGAAAUACAAAAAUAGAGGAACAACAAAUACGGAGGUCUUCCACGAACGGCUAUAUACAUACAUACAUACCUUACACAUGUUCUUAUGGGCGUAUAAGUAUAAGUAUGCACUUGGCGAUAUGGCAGCGCUCAAUGCCCAUCUCUAUCGCUCUAACUGAUCGCCUCGAACCAGCUGGGUAUAAAAGCCAGCGAUCGCUCUCAUUCGGUAUUCAGUUAGCAACAAGUGAGCAGACUAGCACCAGCAAAAAGCAUUAUCCAAGUACAAUUUUCUUUACCUGCGUUCAAAAUGAGUUCCAGUUCCCUCUUUGAAAACGACGAAGAUGUUGCCCAGGCCAACAAGUUGUCCAGAAAAGUCAAGGAAUCUCCCUUUAUGCUAGUGGGUAUUGCCGGUUUCGUGACCGCUGGUUUGGUUGGAGCCUACAAAUACCGAAAUCGCGGAUCAAUGAGCACCAGCGUCUUCCUAAUGCAACUGCGUGUGGCUGCCCAGGGAACCGUAGUCGGAUGUUUGACCGCCGGAUUGGCCUACACCAUGGCCAAAGAGUAUCUGCUGCACGAAGAGCCAAGGGAAAAUGCGAAGCCAGUCGACUAAAAUGCCUUAACCCUUGAGUUUUAGAAAAGUCUGCAAAUUGAGUAAACUACAAGUGCACCUCCUCGAAGUAUUAGCCACGUAAUUGUAUUAUCAUUGUAAAUUUCAUUCUCAUUAUAUGUCAUUAAGUUGUAAAUCUAUAAAAUAAAGAUUGUUAUUUACUAAAGAAUUAACACCAA